ACAAGUUGUUGGGAUGUCGUCAAUUAUAAUUCCAUUGAUUAUCGCAGCAGUUCUUGCUGUUCAACUGUUCUCCUAUGACGAUGGCCUGCGACGCAGCCUGAAGGAACUGUCACGAAGUCUCGGCGUCAAAAAUGUCUUGAUCGCACGUAUUUGGAAAUGUAUUUUCGCAACAACAAAAUUGACAAGUGAUGCGCACAAAUUAAAGGACACUCUCGCGAUUAUGGCUUUACCGCCACUGUUUAGCUGCCAUUUCCCGACAUACGUGAAAGACUGCUCCAAUAAUGAAGUGGACGUGUUCUGGUAUCAUCCCGAAUUUACACAGAGUCGUUACCCACCGGGGCAAGAAAUAAGCAAUGCCUGUACACUUAUAUGUUUGCUUGUGGCAGUACGAAUAUCGAGGGAACACUUAUUGAUUUAUGAUGUGGAGAAAUGCCCAAGAUUAAAUGUCAUUGUCGCAGAAGCCAUGAUAGAGGGUAAUGAGACACAUGCAUGGCUCAUUGAGAAGAAACUUAUAUCGAAUCCCUAUCUGAGCACGGAGGAGGCGUUGAAGUAUGGUGGGAAAAGUUUAGACACACUGAAAGAAUGGAAGUUCAAAAUUUUCCUCGAGGAGAUAGGGACGAGUUUGUGCAAAAAUAUAAAUGCAUUUCUGCACGAAUGGUAUAAAGCCCCGGAAUCUCACAUUUUAUUUAUGCUGCUCAUCACGUGCGGACGUACCAUAUUGCUUAUAUUUCAAGAUACAUACAAGGUCACGCUGUUCGAUUCGCACAGUCACAGCACCGUUAACAACGCAAAUCGUGGAUUAGCCAUCGCUCAGGCUCCCAUCGAUAAAUUGGAAUCAUUGUGCGACUGGUAUACUCAGGAUGUAUUAAAAAAUUGCUACAAUAUACAGGCUAAUAAGUACGAAUUAGCUUUCUUAUAUUCCUGCGGACACUCGUGCGAAUGCCACAGCUGUUACAAAGUAUAACCGCAUCCGUCUAUAUUUCUUUUCUUCUCGAACUGGCCAUAAAGAGAGAAUUACAAAGAAAACUUAUUCUUUACGUAGAUGCACCAUGCCGAAGCCCGCAAUAGUCGACGAUGUUAUCAUCACCGUGCCUGCCUAUGUCGUUAGCGGAGCUCUCUAUUUAAACGCAUACAACUGUAAUACACAGGAAAUACAGUAUACACUCAUCCCUUGCAGUUCAUCUGUCUUUGAACAAACCGAGCGUGCGUGUGCUGAUUAAGACCGAUGUAUUUAUUUACAUUAUGUACAAUUGAUCUCUCUAAGGCUAGUUAAAACGCUUCAUUGUUUACACAAUGCUGAAACUAUUAGGGAAAUAAUUUGAUUUAUCUUCGAGAAAAGAAACAACAUCGAACUUCAAACAGAGAGUGUCCCGUAAAACACACACACCGUAUAGAUAUUUCUCUAAUGAGUGAGUUUAGCAUUGCGCAAACAUAUCCCACUGGCGAUAUGUCGACUACGUCGUAUUAGUAAGCUUAAUACUAAUCCGUAUCUGUUGAGAUUUACUCCCUUCGGUUAUGUUGUCUGUCCCUUUCUCUCUUUCUCUCUCCGUCUCUUUCAUUAUGCUUAUAAAAUAUAAUCAAAGACGCGUGGACGAUACAAUUUUACUCGAAAGUAGUUUCGUUUUACACCCUCGUAACAUUGUAUGUAUAAGUAGCUACAAUAUUUUGAUUUCUCUUAACAAUUAACUUUCAAUUCGCGUUAAUGUAAUUUGUUUUUUUUUUUACACACCUGCAUGAUUUCCACGUAUCUCGUAUAAAGAAAAUCAUUCGCAUGGAUCGUGGAGACAAAUAUACGUCGCUAAAUUCGCAUGAUAAUGAUUUAAAUAAGGGAAUAAUCAAACGUCGCGAAGUAACCAUGACAAACUCGAUAAGAGAAUCAAAUCUGUUUAUGCCAUAAUUAUAAGUAACGUCUUUAUGUACUAUCAAUUCAACAAAUAAACGCAGUUAAUUAUGUCGUACGAUUACACACAAGUGAAGAAUUUAUCGUUCGAAUUUAUAAAAACAGAAACUUAAAUUUUUACAUCACUUAGUAAUGAUAAAGUUUCAAAAAGCAUACUACAAAUAUAUCAUUAUUUUUUAAUGAACAAAAAUUUCGUUUUUUGUUCUGCCACCGGAUUGAGUAUAAAAGAUAAGUAUAACGGUGCCAAGAUAUUGUAUAAUGUCUAAAAUACAAAUUUCUUUCUCUUUUUAUUCCCGUGUAUAUUUUACAAGUAUAUUUAUGUGUUGUAUGUGUGUGUA